AUGGAAAUGUUAAAAAAUAUGAAAGUCGGCCGUUCGGAUGUCCAGAAGAUGACGGGGGUACAUGAAGCCGGGCGGGCUGCUGAGACGCGGGCAACAAUUUUUCCAACUUGGGAUUCAGAACGGCCGUCCGUAAGAAGGGGCGGAGCAGCUUCAGACGUUUCUAAGUUCGUCAUCAUCGAGACGAAUGAAGAUCAAGAGCGAGGGGAGAUGGCGAAAAUGGCGGAUCUAAUGAGCGGCUUGCGAGCGGAACCGAAAGCAAACGGCCCCAAGCGCGAUGGCUGCGCGGACGCGUCCAAAGUGUCACAGGAGCCUGUCUGCUGGUCGCCACUUCUUGCAAUCUGGGGCCAGCCUCGGUUGGAUUCCACAAGGAUGGGCCUGCAAAACGUGUGGGUUCCCACCACGCAGGAACAAGAGCGGGCCGGAAUAUCGUAA